CGCGUCUUGGCGCCCUCCAGCGCCGCUGCCUGGCCUGCCUUCCUCGGCGGCGCCGCCUGCCCUCCUUCUCUCGCCUCGCCUCGCCCGCUGCAGGGGCAGGACAAGAGGCGGGAUGCGGUGGCCGCGCCCGCGUUCUCCCCUGGCCGUGGCUGCCUUCCUCCUUCCUGCCAGUCGCGCUGCAGCCGCCGCCAUGGCCCAGCUCCGCGCCUCCUCCUCUUCCAUGGCCUUCGACUACCUGGUGCUCGGAGGCGGCUCGGGCGGCCUGGCCAGCGCUCGGCGGGCGGCGGAGCUCGGCGCUCGGGUGGCCGUGGUGGAGAGAGGGCGGCUGGGCGGCACCUGCGUGAAUGUUGGAUGUGUUCCUAAAAAGGUGAUGUGGAACACUGCUGUCCACUCUGAAUUCAUCCAUGAUCAUUCAGAUUAUGGUUUUGAAGUAUCUGAUGUGAAGUUUAACUGGCGAGUAAUUAAGGAAAAGCGUGAUGCUUAUGUGAAACGACUGAAUGAUAUCUAUCAAAAUAAUUUGAACAAGUCUUAUGUAGAAACUAUCCGUGGUGAUGCUUCGUUCACACCUGAUGGCAAUUGCACGAUUGAAGUGGAUGGUAAAAAAUACACAGCACCCCAUAUCCUGAUUGCAACUGGUGGGCAGCCUUCAGUCCCCAGUGAAAGUGAGGUACCGGGGGCCAGUUUGGGAAUUACUAGUGAUGGUUUUUUUGACCUUGAAGAGCUGCCCAAGCGCAGUCUUGUGGUCGGUGCCGGAUACAUAGCUGUGGAGAUAGCUGGCAUUCUUUCAGCCCUGGGUUCCAAGACGUCCUUACUGAUACGUUAUGGUGAGGUGCUGAGAAACUUUGAUUCAUUGAUCAGCUCAAACUGUACUCAGGAGCUGGAAAAUGGUGGUGUAGAAGUCUGGAAACAUUCCCAGGUCAAGUCGGUCACAAAGUCACCUUCAGGACUGCUGUCGGUAAAUGUAACAUCCUCUCCUCCAAGUCAGAAACCUACCUUUAAAACUAUUGAGGAUGUUGAUUGUCUGUUAUGGGCCAUUGGUAGAAAGCCAAACACAGAGGGGCUAAAUCUUGACCAGCAGAAUAUUAAGGUAGAUUCUAUGGGUCAUAUUAUUGUUGAUGAGCUCCAAAAUACCAGCAGAAAGGGGAUCUACGCUGUUGGAGAUGUAUGUGGGAAAGCUCUUCUUACACCAGUUGCAAUAGCUGCUGGAAGGAAACUGGCACACAGGAUUUUUGACAGGAAAGAAGAUUCUAAACUUGACUACACCAACAUUCCUACUGUGGUCUUCAGUCACCCACCUAUUGGAACAGUGGGACUAACAGAAGCGGAAGCUAGAACUACAUAUGGAAGUGAGAAUGUGAAAACCUAUACAACUUCUUUUUUCCCAAUGUAUCAUGCUGUAACUAAAAGGAAAACAAAGUGUGUAAUGAAACUGGUGUGUGCAACUAAACAGGAGAAGGUGGUAGGCCUUCAUAUGCAAGGAUUGGGAUGUGAUGAAAUGCUUCAAGGCUUUGCUGUGGCUGUCAAAAUGGGAGCAACAAAAGCAGAUUUUGACCAGACAGUGGCCAUCCACCCAACAUCUUCUGAAGAACUUGUUACACUUCGUUGAUUUUUUUUAUAAGGUGCCUAGAUGUAAUCUUCACAGAAUCAUGUUCUCCCCUCUAAUUCAAUACAAGAUUAAUUUGUCUUUUCUUACUGCAACUGAACUGUAAAUGAAAUCUGCAGCACUGGGAUAAUAAUACUCAAAGAAUAAAGUUGCCUUAAAUCAUCUUAACAUUGUGGGAUGGAAUUGUCAUUCAAUUCUUACAGAAGCUUUUAAAGUGAUUAUUUUGGAGUAAACCAAGUUGUGGUGGCAGAGUAAAUAUUAGGAGAAAUUACAACUUGCAGAAGAACUAAGUUUAUAAAAGGUACCAACUAUAAGGAAAAAUAGGCAGCGUGUUCACCCACAUUUUGUUAAGGUAAUCUGGAAUAUGAAUUUGAGCUAAUAUAAUUUUACAUAAACAGAACAAAUUAACAUUUUACUUCAUUAUGAGGGAUAUAACCACCGUCUUAUGCAGCAUAUCAAAAUGUGAGUUCUAAAUAUUUAGUUGCAGAUACUAACUAGCAUGAAGUAAUGAUAUAAACUAGAAAACUAUUAGCUAUUACCUUUAUACUACUAUGGAAUGAAGAGUGAGUGCAAACAGUCUCAUACUAUGUUUGUGGCCCUGGCCCUACGUGUUUAGCUGUCAGAUAUUUAAUGCCAAGAAGCAGUAUUCCAACAAAUGAUAAAUCCCCUAUAAUGAAUGAGAAAGAGAAAUUAUUUCAUUUCAGUGUACCUAUCUGAUUGGAGUAAUGAUCUGCAAGUUUAUUUGCUGAAAUACAUCAAAUAAGAUGCAAGCACUUUGACAAAUAUACAGAAAAAAGGUAGGAUCAACACAGAACAGUAAUCUAGCUUAAAUGGAGGGAAAGCUUAUGACAACAUACUCCCAAGAGGAACUUUCUUCUGCAGUUAAGUUACUUAUGUCAAUAAAAUAGAGGGCGAUAGGCGUAAGAAGGAAGUUAGUUUGUGCAUUUUUCUUAAACUUCAAAAUGUUAAUACAUGCCAGUUAAACACUACAACUAAAAUUUACAAGUAAGCAUGACAGGGAGAUGAGUUUGUUAGUUACCUUUCCUCUUUGAAUAGUCCAGAAGAAAACAAUUACUAUAGUUACAGCAGGCAAACUGGCUGUUGGACUGGCUGAUAAAGGAUUGAUUAGUGCGUUGAAGUCCAUCUGAAGUUGUGCUCAAAAGCUCAUCAUCCUCAUUAUGGCACAGUUUGGUCCAUGAAGAGGCUUUACGCUGAGACAGACCUCAACUUAUCACAAAUUG